AUGCCCAACUUGAUGAAUUCCAACUAUGGCUUGACCAAAGCUGCUCUCAAAGAGAAAAUCAGCCAAGCCUCACCUACCGUUGGCUUGUUUUCCCCUUCAGGAAAUCAAAACUCAUACAAGGCUGAAUUUGAGGAGAAAUUGAUGACCUUGAUCACUACGGCAUCUACCAUUCAACCCAAUCCCUCUGAUGCUGAGCUUCAGCCCAUCUUCAUCCAACUAGACUUGUUGAUGACCAAACUGGUAUCCUUCCCCAUCUCAUUGAGGAAAGACUCACGUGUUUAA